AUCAGUGUUCGAUAGUUCGGGUUUCGACUACUAUUAUAUUUAAAAAAAAAAACCAAAAAACGAUACUAUAUCGCAUAUAUUAUAAUAACGUAUUUAACUAUACACGUUUCACUGCGGCAACAGCACACAACAGCGAAACCCAUUGUCGUACAUCGCAUCAUCGCAUCAUCUACACCAUGAGAUCGUGUCAAGUGUUUGCUGCACUCAGCGUGAUGACGGCGUGCACCAUGGCCAUACCGAUUUUCGUCGAAGGAGGACCCAGGUCCCAGAGCUCAGAGUCCGCCGAAAAUUACGCGCCCAAAGCGUACAAGUUCGAUUACGCCGUCCACGACCCGGAAACGUACGACGUGAAAAGUCAAUGGGAGGCACGCGAAGGUGACGUGGUCAAGGGAGCUUACAGCGUUCUGGAACCCGAUGGUGCCAUGAGGCUGGUCGAGUACACCGCUGGACCGGAAACGGGUUUCAACGCGGUGGUCAGCCGGUCCGACAGCGGAAACACGGGCUACAGGAAGCCCAGCAACGACGCGUUCGACUUCUGAGCGCGGCCGAAGCAGGCGAAACCCUCCAUCGCCGCCGCCGAGCCAUCAUCAUCAUCAUCAUUAGACUUCCGGUGCGUGGUGAUACCGACGACGGCGGCGGCGGCGAUGAAAACAUAAUGUUAUUAUUGUUACAAUCAUAAUAUUAAUAAUAAUAUUAUGUUAUCAUAAUAGCGUUGGCGUAUUGCCGUCGUCGUCGUCGCCCGGUCAUAUAAUUCAUAUUAAAAUAAUAGUACGAUUAUUAGUAUAUUAUUAUAUACGUUAUUUCCAUUACCCCCUAACCGCACGCGUAGACCUUUGUUUUACUAAAAAAAAAAAUCAUACAAUUUAUUAUAUUUUUAUACUUAAUUAUAUAAAUACGAGUACGUGUGUGUACUCGAACUACGCGUGGUGUGUAUACCUAUAUAUAUGUAAUAUGUGCAUUUAUAAUCACUUGCAUUGUUAAUCAUUUUUAUUGUUAUUAGUAUUAUUUUAUAUCGGUUUGUUUUUAUAAUGAAUAAAGUAUACGUAUUUAAAAACUCCAA